AGUUCAGGGAAAACAGUGAUAAGCAGCAAGCAGCUUCUGGGUUUUGCUUACAAGAGGACUCCCGCUGAAUCGGUGUGAGAGAAUGUUUGCAUAGAACUCUAUUUUCCUGCCACUGUAGCAAAACAGUGCAGCAACGUCGGCUCGGAACGACAAAGCUGUAACACAGGACAGCCACAGGAGGGGAGACUCACUGACAGAAGCAGGCAGAGUGCGCGGCGACUUCUCAGCCUGACGCUGUAGCCUCACUGGCCCAGGCGUGGGGACAGGAUGACACACUAGACUGUCCCUGAACUUCUUCCACUUUGUCCUCACAUCAGUCUCUGUCAUUCCUGCACCUGCUCCCUUUUCCUCACUCACCUGCCCACGAAGAUGUCAGAUGAAGACUGCCGCUCGCCCAUAGGCCUGGACUGCUGCAGCUGCUGCCUGGACCUGGCCAACGGGUGCGAUGAAUCCCUGUCCAGCAGUCCGACUCGAAGCCAUGGCACAGCAGGGGCCCUGCCACCAAGCCCCACCAGCCCCAGUGUGAACCACUUCCGCCAGCUCCGCAGCCAGCUGAUGUACCAGAACCUGAACACAGACAAGCUGAACAACAUCAUGAGGCAGGACUCCCUGGAGUCGGUGGUGAGGGACCCCUGCUUUCUCCUCAAUGAGGGCAUCUGCAGCAGCAACAUUGACCAGACUAUGUUGUCCAUUCUACUCUUCUUUCACAGUGCCUCUGGUGCUAGCGUGGUGGCCAUUGACAACAAGAUCGAGCAGGCCAUGGAUCUUGUCAAGAACCACUUGAUGUACGCGGUGCGUGAGGAGGUGGAAAUCCUCAAAGAGCAGAUAAAGGAGCUAGCAGAGAAGAACAACCAGCUUGAGAGAGAGAACUACCUGCUUAAGAACCUGGCCAGUCCGGAGCAGCUGGAGAAGUUCCAGUCCCGCAUCCCGACAGAUGUGCUUUUGGAUAAUCAGAACGUCCAGGCGACCCCAGUGCCACAGCACCAGCAGCAGAGCUGUAGCCACAGCACUGGCUCUGCUGUAUAAGUGGCUCUGCCUUGGGGCGGGCAGAGCCACUUUGUCUUUAUAGUCGUGGACCUCGUUUUUGAACGUAAGCGUUACCAAAUCGCCGCCACCGAGACCCCUUCGGGACAUCGAAGAAGAAUCAUCGGUGCUGUAAAUGAUUGAUGGGACUCAAAUGAACUGUUGAUACUGAUGAGCAC